CACCCUCCUGCUCCGGGGCGGUCCUAGCGGCUCACCGCAAGAAGAAAAGCCACCCAUUCGCCCCCCUCCCCUACCUCCCAUCCUUUGCCCAGGAGCUGCCUUCAUCGCAGUCACGCCCCUUCCUUCCGAGGAGCUUUCUGGCUGCCCAAGCUAGUAGACCCCCUGAUUUAUUCCUCCAUCUCCGCUCUCUUUCGCCUCAUCUUCUCUUAGUUCUCACCGCCCCCUCCACCCCCCACCUCCAGCCUGUCUUGCCUCCGACCAUCCGCUGCUCCACCCUCCGUUCCGGUAUCCUGCCUGUCCACUGCCACCAAGGAGAGCCCGGACGGAGCGGCGAGGAGCCGAGCAGCCGGGAGUUGGGGCUUCCCCCUGCCCAUCCCUGGCCUCCGGCCCGGGACUGAAGCCACUUGAGCGAACAGAGAGUCGUCACCUGGUCUUCGGUACCUUCAGGGAGCGGCUGAGAAGGACAAAUAAGAUAACGGAAGUGAAAGAGGUUUUGUCUCCUUAGAAGAAAAGCUGAGAAACUAAAGAGUGACCAGUGGUUGGACUCUUGGCGGCGCUUACCCUGAACCUGAGUGUUAGGGGAGAGGGAAUCUGCCGUUGCGGUUUCUGGAGCUGCUCAUAAGCAAGAAUUCCCUAUCCUGAUCAAGGCUUUAAGCCUAAAAGAAAGCAGAAAUAGGUCAAGGGCAGCCCAGGUGCCCAAUUUCUCUCUCUCUUCACAAGGCACCACAAGCAAUAGAGAUGAGAAAUUCUGAAGAACAGCCAAGUGGAGGAACCACAGUGUUGCAGCGUCUGCUACAAGAGCAGCUUCGCUAUGGCAAUCCUAAUGAGAAUCGCAACCUGCUUGCCAUACACCAGCAAGCCACAGGGAAUGGCCCUCCUUUCCCCAGUAGCAGUGGGAACCCAGGCCCUCAGAAUGAUGUGUUGAGUCCCCAAGAUCACCACCAACAGCUUGUGGCUCAUGCUGCUCGACAAGAACCCCAGGGGCAGGAAAUCCAGACAGAAAACAUCAUCAUGGAGAAGCAGCUUUCCCCUAGAAUGCAGAAUAAUGAAGAACUCCCAACCUAUGAAGAAGCCAAGGUCCAGUCCCAGUACUUUCGGGGCCAACAGCAUGCCAGUGUUGGAGCUGCCUUCUAUGUCACCGGAGUCACCAACCAGAAGAUGAGGACCGAGGGACGCCCAUCAGUUCAGCGACUCAAUCCUGGGAAGAUGCACCAGGAUGAAGGACUCAGAGACCUUAAGCAAGGACAUGUCCGCUCCUUGAGUGAACGACUAAUGCAGAUGUCACUGGCCACCAGUGGAGUUAAGGCCCAUCCACCUGUUACCAGCGCUCCCCUCUCCCCACCACAACCCAGUGACCUCUACAAGACUCCCACAAGUUCCAGUGAAUUCUACAAGGCCCAGGGGCCACCUCCCAGCCAGCAUAGCCUGAAGGGCAUGGAACACCGAGGUCCCCCACCAGAGUAUCCCUUCAAGGGCAUGCCACCCCAGUCUGUAGUGUGCAAGCCCCAAGAGCCAGGGCACUUCUAUAGUGAGCAUCGUCUGAACCAGCCAGGGAGAACAGAGGGGCAACUGAUGAGGUAUCAGCAUCCCCCUGAGUAUGGAGCAGCCAGGCCGGCGCAGGACAUCUCAUUACCACUGUCGGCCCGGAGCUCACGGCCUCACAGUCCUACUUCUUCCCUCACGUCUGGGGGUUCCUUGUCCUUGUUGCAGUCUCCGCCAGCCACGAGAUUGUCUCCUGCCCAACACCCCUUGGUCCCAAACCAAGGAGACCACUCAGCUCACCUGCCUAGGCCUCAGCAGCAUUUCCUCCCGACCCCGGCUCACCAGAGCGAUCAUUACCGGCUCCCUCAGCCCAGCCUGAGUCAGCCACAGCAGCAGCACCAUCACCAUCACCAGCAGCAGGCCGGCGAACCCUAUUCAGCUAUGCCUCGGGCUCAGCAGUCCUCCGCUUCCUACCAGCCAAUGCCAGCAGACCCAUUUGCCAUCGUUUCCCGAGCCCAGCAGAUGGUUGAGAUCCUGUCAGAUGAGAACCGGAACUUGCGGCAGGAACUGGAAGGAUGCUACGAGAAGGUGGCGAGGCUGCAGAAGGUGGAGACAGAAAUCCAGCGUGUCUCGGAGGCGUAUGAGAACCUUGUAAAAUCAUCCUCCAAAAGAGAGGCUCUGGAGAAAGCCAUGAGAAACAAGCUUGAGGGUGAAAUUCGAAGGAUGCAUGACUUCAACCGGGAUCUGAGAGAGCGUCUAGAGACUGCCAACAAGCAGCUUGCGGAGAAGGAAUAUGAGGGAUCAGAGGAUACUAGAAAAACCAUCUCUCAGCUCUUUGCAAAAAAUAAGGAAAGCCAAAGGGAAAAGGAGAAGCUGGAGGCCGAGCUGGCCACUGCCCGUUCUACCAAUGAGGACCAACGGCGACACAUUGAAAUCCGAGACCAGGCCCUGAGCAAUGCCCAGGCCAAGGUGGUCAAGCUGGAAGAAGAGCUGAAAAAGAAGCAGGUGUACGUAGAUAAGGUGGAGAAGAUGCAGCAAGCCCUUGUACAGCUCCAGGCAGCAUGUGAAAAACGCGAGCAGUUGGAGCAUCGUCUCCGGACACGGCUGGAGAGGGAACUGGAGUCCCUCAGAAUUCAGCAGCGCCAGGGAAACGCUCAGCCCACCAAUGUUUCCGAAUACAAUGCCACGGCAUUGAUGGAGCUCCUCCGUGAGAAGGAGGAGAGGAUCCUGGCCCUGGAAGCCGAUAUGACUAAGUGGGAGCAGAAGUAUUUGGAGGAGAACGUGAUGAGACAUUUCGCUCUAGAUGCUGCUGCAACUGUAGCUGCUCAGAGGGACACAACAGUCAUCAGCCACUCUCCCAACACCAGCUAUGACACGGCCUUGGAAGCUCGCAUCCAGAAAGAGGAGGAAGAAAUCUUGAUGGCCAACAAGCGCUGCCUUGACAUGGAGGGCAGGAUUAAGACCCUCCAUGCCCAAAUUAUUGAGAAGGAUGCCAUGAUCAAAGUACUCCAGCAGCGUUCCCGGAAGGAGCCAAGUAAGACAGAGCAACUGUCAUCCAUGCGACCUGCAAAGUCUCUGAUGUCCAUUUCCAAUGCUGGGUCAGGCUUGCUCUCACAUUCUUCCACCCUGACUGGCAACCCCAUCAUGGAGGAGAAGCGGGAUGACAAGAGCUGGAAGGGGAGCCUAGGUAUUCUCCUGGGUGGAGACUACCGCACUGAGUCUGUCCCUUCCACACCAUCGCCGGUGCCGCCCUCCACUCCCCUGCUCUCGGCUCACUCCAAGACAGGCAGCCGAGACUGCAGCACCCAAACGGAGCGGGGUACAGAACCGAACAAAACCGCAGCUGUCGCUCCAAUCUCUGUUCCUACGCCAGCCGCUGUCGCCGCCACUGCUGCCACCAUCACUGCCAACGCUGCCACCAACACUGCCGCCGCUGCUACCAACAACACCAUCACCAUGGUAGCCGCUGCUCCGAUUGCUGCCGCUGCCGCUCCAGCUGCUGCCACCGCCGCUGUCGCCACCCCAUCUCCGGCAACUGCUGCUGCUGCUCUCGCUGCUGCUGUUUCUCCAGCUACUGCUGCUCAGAGUCCAGCCGCUGCCUCUGCUGUUGCCGCCGCUGCGGCUGUUGCUCCCACUGCUGCUGCUCAGGUUGCUCCAGCUGCUCCGGCUCCGGUUCCAGCUCCGGCUCCGACUCCAACAGCACCUCAGGCUUCUGCUCCGGCUCAGACUCAAGCACCAGCUCCAGCUCCGGCUGCGGCUGCUCCUCCAGCUCCAGCUCCAGCUCCAGCUCUGGCUCAGGCUGAGGCUUCUGCAAGUCUGGCUGCCAGUUCUGGGUCACGUCGUUUGUCUGUACCAAGUCUGACCUGCAAUCUGGAUAAGACAGAUGGCCCUGUGUUCCACUCCAAUACUCUGGAAAGAAAAGCUCCCAUUCAGAUCCUGGGACAAGAGCCUGAUGCAGAGAUGGUGGAAUAUCUCAUCUAAACGGCGUAUUCGAGAGCUGCAGUUUAUCAGCGAGAGUGCUUUCAAUCAUUUUUCCCUUUUGUUUGUUCUUAUUUUGAGGGUGAGGACAAGGGUUGGGGGGGAUGUUUUUUAAAGGGACUUUUUAUUGAAACGACCUAGUACUUAAGUAAUACCAUACAAACUCCAGUCUAUUCUGGUACACACUUAGAGAGUACCUCUAAAGACCGAUUAUCAGAAUGUGCUCUAAAGUUUACUGUUUGGAAUUAUACAAAUACUUGGACUGUUAAUAGCUGGUUAUACAUGAAUGUUUUCAAUGUGCAUAAUUUUAUUUAGCAUUUUGGAGAGCACAGUACGUUUGGAAGACAGUGUGUAACAUGUAGUUCAGAAGUGGGAAGCUGGAGAGAAUUUGCACGUGUGCUGUUUUGUAUACUUACCAUCUACACAGCGUCGAGAGAGAGAGAGCUCUACGGCUCUGACUCAUGAAAGGGAAUAGUUUUGGAAGCUGUGUAAGCUAGAGAAAAGGCAGGGAAUUUGGGGGUGUGGAAGGGUGCUGGAGCUAAUUUUCCCUCCCAAUUUCCCAGUUGCCCUGUACCAGGAGAUUGUGUUUAUCUUCAUUUCAGUGGUGCUUUGGAAGUGGAUUCUUUUGGUUCCCUCAUGGAGGUUCAUACAUUCAUAUAUAUACUCUGGAGUAAUUUAUGCAUUUGGAUAAUUAAUAUAUUGCUUUCAGAUGCUAGGAGAGUAAAUUAGCUGUGUGAUGUACAACUUCCUCUUUCUUAGGGAGUUAGACCAUCAGAGGCCUUGAUGGAGAGUCGUUUGAAGUGCUGUGUGCGGCCAUGAACACAGCUCGCUUGCCUUUCCUGAGACCAGUCUGCUUAGUGUUUAUUUCUUCUCCAGCAUGAACUCACUGGCUGUGUCACCAGUCUCAAAUUUCCAAUCGUUGGCAAAACCAGGAAGCAUUUUCAGUGAUGGGCUGAAUGCUUUGAAUUUCUGGGGACUCCUCUGAAAUAACUCCUUUUGUUUUCCCCAAUUCUUAGCAUACGUCUUAAAAGGCAUCAUUGACUCUCACCUCCGAGGGAAUAGCAUCAGAAACCCAAAGUACUAUGCUGCAGCCGAGGGAGAGGUGGGUUGCAGAUGUGUCCUUAGUUAUCCCUUCUCACUGCCAGUGACUCCGUCUCAGAAUACCUUCGGAGAGCAGCAGGAAAUGUGCAUGUGGACAGGGACCAAGGAGACUGUGGCUCCAAGCUUUGCCAUGGGGCUGCCUCAAGGGACGAAAGAGCUGCUUUUUGCCACAGGUCCCUGCUCUGUGUCACCUCUCUGCCCUUCAUUAAGGUGACAAAUCUGCCGACAAUGUCAUUAAGAUCAGUUUUCAGGGGUAUGGGAGGGUGAGGGAAGUGGGGGGGUGUUAGGUAAGGGUGGGGGGUAGAAGUUUGGGGAUGUGUUAGUUAGAAACCAGAUUAAUAGAAGAGUAGGCCUGAUAUAUUACGUUGUGAGGCAUAGUGGCUGGAAAGAACUGUAGCAGUAGAGCCCUAUACCCUCAAGUUUAGUGAUGAGGCAUCUGAGACCCGGAGAGGUUACAUGACUUUUUCAAGAUCACACAACAACACAGCUUUCCAUUUUACCAUGCUUCUUUCGAGAAACACUUAUCUACAGCAAGCCUCAUUUUAAGAAAAGGAAUCUUGUCAGACCAGGGCAUACAUAUUUUGUAAAACGUUCCUGGCUUGAGUAGUUUGUCCAGGGUUCUGAAUUCCUACUUUGCCUCUCCUGCAGUGCCUUUUGCAAGGUCUUCCCUGUCCUGGUCCUCAUCUCAACACUGAGUCACAUGAAACUCUCCCCACCCCAACCUCAAAGAAAUCGACCUCACUUCUUCUCUUGCUGUGGAUUGACUGCCUCAGAUCAUCUUACAGGGUUCCUCUGUGACCACAGGAAUGGUGGCCUGUUUAACAGUAUUUUUGCGCCAUUCCUGAUUCUCUUCCGUAGGGAUCAUUCUGUGGGGUGGAGGGAGAGACAAGAGGGAGACUGAUGUGAUUUUCAGCCAGUCUUGACAUUUCAGUAAUGAAGUGAUCAUCCUACGCGUUAGUCCUCUGUCAGCAAGUGAAUCCCAAAUAGAAAUUAAAAGCGCAGUUGUGUUAAUACUGGUUCAUACUCCCCUUUAGUCAUAAGGGGGAAAGUCCGCAACUAGUAGAAGCCACAGGUAGCAAACUUUGGGACUGCUACUUUCUAGCCAAAUAAAAAAAUCCAAAUAAGUUUAAACCUUUCAUCUACUCCUUUUAUGGUUAUCACACAUUGCCAGAAUUUUUGCUAGCUCUGGGAGCCAUCAUUCUAAUCACAUUCUGUAAGGUGACAAAUGUCAUACAUUCCACGCUGUGUGGCAGCCAUCUCUUUAGACUCAUGUAAUUUUGGGAAAGGAAGAAGUUCUUGGCUGAGUGCUACCUUGAACUUUCCGCCGCAUGUCUGCCCCCUCACACCAGAGGCAGUCCUUUUUGGCUCAGUUUUUACUCCCUGGUAAUUGGCUAAAGUAAUACCGUACAUCUAAGAGAUGGAGGAAGUCCAUGUCAGUGUAUUAUGUUUACGAGGAAGGUAGAUUCAGCCUUUUCAGAAAAUCUCUAAUAGGUGUCCUUUUAAAAUUUCAGGUUUAUGGGAAAAACGUCAAGUUAGUCACCUUUCACAGUUGUGUGGAUAUGUAACAUUUGGGGGAUCUUUGUGGACUCCCACUUAUCUAUGCAUUUUACCGGCACCUCAGGACAGAAGGGUGACCUUGUUGUCUUAACGUGUACUGCCCGGUGGCCUCUGGGGACCUUUCAAGUCAAUUGUACCCCAAUGUCCCAUGUACAGAAAAACUUCAUUAGAACGAACUUUACUUGAUAUAAAACUCCUAUUAACGAUUUUUAUUAAAUAAAAGGAGCUUGAAUGUUCUUUUAAAAUCAUGUAUCUGGAUUGUUGUUUCAAUGAAGGAUUUAUUUUCCAUGCUGCUUUUGAGCUUCGGGAUGAUAGGAUAGCAGAAACCUGAGAUAUCUGCCAUCAUCUGUUGCAGGAAAUACCGAGUGUUCUCUUGUUACGCAAUUGGGUGGGUACAACGAUUGGAAAAUGAACAAAGUGACUGUGCAAACUACUUUUUAGGAACAGUCGAAACACUCAGAAUGCGGCAGCUUAAAGUGCAUACAUACGGACUAACUUUUAUAAAUGAUAUUCUCAUGUCUGUUAGCCAUACAAUCUCCUGUUAUCUCAGUUACUCAUUUCACAUAUGGAAUGUGUUACUUCAAAUGUGUGCUUUCUUCCUGAACAUAUUGUCAAAGGAAGGCAUCAGCUAUGGGCUAAUUGCCAUCUAUUUCAGCCCGCCAUGAUCCUUGGAAAGAGAUCUCCCAAGUAUCAUUCAUCAUCAGUAGGACAAGUGUCGGGAGUUUAUAUUUUCCAGUAGCAACGAUGGUUACAUGGAGUUGUCAAACCUCCUUCUGGCCUCCCUUGUGAUUAAUGGCAUGUGUUUAUAAGAUGGAUAGCUGGGGUUGGCAGAUGGCUAGAGAAGAAGCACCUUCGGUUUAAAAUGUAUGUGGCCCCAUAAUGAUUGAGACCCCAUUCUGUAAUCGACUGAGCUAGUUCCAAUAAAGAUAAGCAGGUUUGAAUCCACUUUGUGCCUCUCUUUUCACUGACAAUAAAGUUAGCUAUUUUAAAAUG